CCAUAUUUCUAACGCUAGAUACCUUAUGAUUGUGGGACAUAACACGGUUAAAGACUAAACCACUCAAUAUCGAUCUCCUCAGCCGUGAACCGGUUCACAUCCGAGGCUGGGAAUGGAUCAAGCCCUGGCGAGUUGCCAUUUUAUAAUGACUAAUAUAACCGGUCUCCGUUCUGAAAAAUUGGCUGUUAAGAUAUAAGAAGAAUUUGUGCUACCAUCAUGGCCUGCCAUUUCGAAUAACCCAACAUUUCUGCUGGAGGGUGGUUUUGGGGUGUUCCAAUGCCAAACAUGGAGAAGGCUACCUUUUUGGCGAAAGGCCAGCUCCCUUGGUUGUCCAACAAAGGUAUUGUUAAACUAAACUUGAUCUUGCUUAUAUCCCUUAUUUCAAGCUGUUCGUGCGGUUGCGAUACUUCAAUGAUGAAUGGUUUACAGUCAUUAGACACAUGGAAAGCAUCUUUCAACAAUCCAGGGGCUAUCGAGCUUGGGCUUCUUAACGCUAUCCAAAACGUGGGCCAGUUGAUCUCUCUUCCAUUUUGUGCCGCGAACUGCGACUUAUACGGCCGUCGGAAUGCUCUCGUCACUAGUGCCGCUAUAGUUCUGCUCGGCGCUGCCCUCCAAGGUGGUGCGCAGAAUACCGCAAUGUUCAUUGGGGCAAGAGGUGUCCUAGGAUUCGGCUUAGCUUUGAACAUCACAGCUGCACCACUCCUGAUUAUGGAGCUUGCAUACUCUCCUCACGCCGCACCUCUAGUCAGUAGUAUAUAUAACAGCCUAUGGGGCCUGGGAUCGCUGAUGGCUGCUUGGAUCAUGUACGGUUCGUUUCGACUCAAUAGUGACUGGGCAUGGCGAAUCCCCUCGCUUCUCCAAGGCAUGACUAGUGCUAUACAAAUUGGGCUUUGCUUCUUGAUUGAGGAAUCACCACGCUGGCUCAUGUCUGUUAAUCGAACUCAGGAGGCCCACGACCUUAUAAUUAAGUACCAUGCUAAUGGCGACCCCAGCGACCCGAUAGUCGCAUUGGAACUCGAGGAAAUUCGCAUAGCCCUUCGUGUUGAAUCUGAGAAUAGGAGGUCAACCUCGUAUCUGUCCUUUUUUUCAGACUCGUGGAAAUCGACGGCGCUUUUUCAUCGUCCUAGCAGUCGGCUUUUUCAGCCAAUGGAGCGGAAACGGCAUCAUCUCAUACUACCUCACGUUGAUCCUCGACUCUAUCGGCUAUAAGACUCAAGAAAUUCAAACCUUGAUCAAUGCCAUGGUGACACUUUGGAGCUUAAUUGUAGGCGUCGGAUUUGCCUUGGUGGUAAAUCGGUUUAGACGUCGUACGCUCUUCCUCGUCUCUACUGCGGGAUGUUUGGAUGUGUUAUGCGAUCUGGACGGGUCUAGAGGCGACGUAUGAGAAGUCUGUAGAUGCAGAUGGCACUAAUAUUCAACCAAUACGCGAAUCCGGUCGGCAUCGAAGCUUUGGGUUGGAAGUUCUACAUCAUCUACGAUGUCUGGAUCUUUAUUGAGUUGAUCGUUGUCUACUUCCUCUUUGUGGAGACAACAGGAAAGGCGAAUUUGGAAGAGGUUGCAGCUAUCUUGGACGGGGAGAGUGUAGAACCCCCGUUGGAAAUAACCAACGAAGGCAAAACUGGGAACGCAGUCAUAGCUGUAGCUAACACUCACUAGAAAUAGUGAUACCAAUGGCAUCUUUUCGAUUAUUAUCUGGGUUUACCUGAGG